AUGGAUGAGGAGCUAAAUGCAAGGCUAACUGCUUAUCAAUCACCCUUGCCUCCCGAAAGCUGCAUCUUCAAAGUUCCCGAAGCUCUCCGGAGACAUAAUCCAAAGGCAUAUGAGCCUCACGUAGUCUCAAUCGGACCCUUCCAUCGACGACGUGAUCACGAAAAACUCCAGCGCAGGGAAACUGUGAAGCAGUGCUUCCUUGCCACUGCUCUCUCAGAAGCAGGCGUCAAAUUUAAAAAGGACGACUCGGCUGAUAAUCUACUGAACAUCAAAUUUGAUAACGGGGUUUUAACAAGUCCAGAACUAGCAGUUACAGAGUUGACCGAACCAUUAUUCCGGAACCUCAUCGCCUUUGAGCAGUGCUAUGAUGGUCAUUCUCAUCAAAUAACAUCUUACGCCGUUUUCAUGGAUAAACUCAUCUGUUCCGUUAAGGAUAUAAAGCUUCUUUCUGAGAAAAAAUCUUAGCUAACUGGCUCAACGUUGAAGAUGGUUCUAAGUUCUUUAACAGCCUUUACAUUGACACCACAGUCAAAGAUUUCCAGUAUGACCAACUCUGCGCUGAAGUGAAUAAAUAUUACCGAGUUAAAUGGAACAGGCACCUCGAACAAUUUAGGCGCGACUACUGUAGUACCCCAUGGAAAGUUAUUGCUUUGGCCGUAGGGAUUCUCCUUCUGGUUGUCAACUUAAUGCAGUUCCUCAUUAGUCUUCAAUCCUCAACACUUUUUACGGGUUUUAGGGUCAAUGAAUUAAGUGCUGAUAUAUAGUUGUAUGUAUUGCUAAGAAUUUGUUUAAUAAGCUGAGAGAG